CUAAUGGUGACAAGCAGCUAACACAAGAUGCAAGUCGUAUGUAGGUGAUGUUUAGUAGUUACACAUACAUUGCAUGCCAGCGAGAGUAUAAGAAUUUGGCGCGAGGUCGACUUCAGAGUUCAGUCAACUGCAGUCCAGAACGGGUUGAUGACUUGUGGGCGCCACUGUUUGAGAAGACGCUGUAAUUAAUGCUGGAUUAUGCUUACUGCUUGCAAAGAAAGCCGCUGAAGCAUAUAAUGUCGAUGACAGUGGAGACAACAGUGUCCAGCGUACUCCCCUGCCCCACCCACUUCGCCCACGCUGAGCAGUCCUUCUCCCUCAAAAAGCGACGCCCACCCUUCUCCUCCUCGUCCACCUCCAACUCAUCGGUCUCAUCCCCUGCUCACCUGGCGCACUCUCUUCCGCCACUACCGCCGUCCAAAGAGUGUCCCUCUGUGAGCCGCGUGUUCCUCCAGAAAACGACCCCCUGGAAACCCCUGUCUUCCUCUCUCAGCCAGUCGCCCCCUCCGGAGUCUGUGUAUGACCCCAAAAAGCAGCAGUCAUAUUUUGAUCAGUGCUUCACUACGCUGAGCUUGCUUGGAAGGGGUUCUUUUGGUGAAGUUUACAAGGUGCAGAGCGUCCAGGAUGGACGCCAGUAUGCUGUCAAACGCUUUGUCCAUCGCUACAGAGGCAACAGUGACAGGAACCGCAAAGUAAGGGAGGCAACGGACCACGAGCGUGUCUGUCCACACCCUCACAUCCUCAACUUGGUAGCAGCCUGGGAGGAGUGUGGACGGCUGUACAUCCAGACAGAACUGUGCCGCACAAGUUUGCUGCUCCAUGCUGAAAACCAGCCUCCUGAGACAGAUGAGGGCGCAGCAUGGGCCUACCUGUGCGACCUUCUCUCAGCGCUGGACCACCUGCACUCUCACGGUUUUGUUCAUCUAGACAUCAAGCCCGCCAACGUCCUCGUCACAGAUUCUGGGUGUCUCAAGCUGGGGGACUUUGGGCUUCUGCUUGACCUCAAAGGGAACAGCUCAGAUGUAUUGGCGAAGAAAGUGAGAGAAGACGACCACGGAGGAGAUCCCAGGUACAUGGCGCCUGAGCUGCUCCGGGAUGAGUAUGGACCUGCCGCAGAUGUUUUCAGUUUGGGUGUUUCCAUUCUGGAGCUUGCCUGCAGUAUUGAGGUUCCCAAUGGUGGAGAGGGUUGGCAGCAACUCAGACAAGGAUGCCUCCCUCAGGUCACAAGGGGGCUUUCAGCAGACCUCCAGAGUGUUCUACAGAUGAUGUUGGCUCCGGAACCUUCUGAAAGGCCAACAGUGUCUGAGCUUCUCGCCCUCCCCUCAGUGAGGAAACAUAGGUGGAAGAGACGCGUUUAUCUUUUGUUUGCGGAAACUAUGCUGACUUGGAUGCUAUUGUGGCAGCUGAUGAUGAACUUUGGCCGCCGACUUCUUUCAUUCUUUCACUUGCCCUUCCUCCCCGGGUGGAGCAAGCCGGCACCCUGCACUCCUCCCAGAGAGCAUUGGGACAAGGAGAUAACACUGCCCCUCAGCGCCAUACAUGACAACAUCUCAGAGGACGAUGACGCAUUCAUGGUGGAACCCGUGGUACUCGAGCUUUCCACCACAGAUUCACACAGCAGGAUGAAAUUCAUGAAAAGUACGUUCACUCCUCUCCCACAUUCCCCAGCACAUGAUCAACUGAGUCAGUCCCAGACCCCCAGUCGCCUAAAUCCCUUUGACUGGUCCCCCAGUAACUGUGCACACACCCCCUCCAGCAUCCAAUCCAGUGACUGCCACACAAUGACACCCUCUUACAGCCCCUGUCACUCAGAUCUAUACACCGACAGGCUGGACGUAUCCUCCAGGCAAAGCAGACAAUCCUCACAGAGGCAUGAUCGCAGUUGGAUCCACUCAGAAGAAGCUCUAUCUCGACCCAGUUUUGAACCAAAGAACCUACUCUGUCUCUUUGAGGAAACCACCAAGGAGGGACAGCCAUGACUUAUAAAGACUAACAGUAUUUAGGGAGUCGAUUGGACUUGAUGAACGAAUGUAACAAGUCCACUUCCUGCUGCCUCUUUUAGCAUGUGUGUGGGGGGAAAAAAAAGUUUAGGGCAAGGCACACUUAAAAGCAUGGUUUGUGUUCCUAUAAGUGCAAUAUGUAAUAUACAAGUCAAGAUUUCUUGUAUAAUUUGUGAUAUUUGAGUUGUAACCACUUUGAAAAAGAUUAACUGUUGAUAUUGUUCAGCAAAGUUGAAAACUUGUUUGAUGUGUUCUGGCUAUUAAGAAUUUUCUUCUACAUAUUUGGCCACACUUUAAAGCAUGGUUUGUGUUUCUAUUAGUGCAAUGUGUAAUAUACAAGUCAAGAUUUAUAGUUUCAUCUAUGAUAUUUGAGUUGGAAUCACUUUCAAAAAGAUAAACUGCUGAU